UUGACAGACCGAAAACUGAACUGAGAUCUGUAAACGGAAACGGAAGCUGGAGCAACGCAUACGACGCUUCGCGCGUUAGGACAAGCCGUUGGCGCCAACGAUACAACGGAAGCAGUACUGACAGUGUUGGAAGCGUUAAGUUGGCUGUGCAGCAGAUAUUUUGCCAAAGUUAUCUUAUUUUUCGCGGCUUUACUUCCUUCUCGUGGACAUGACGAACCUCUCAGAGGGUGCGAUAGAGGCUCUAUCAAAUGGCAUUGGUGGUAACGAUGCAGUGCUUCAGUUGGUGAACCUUCGCAAAAUUGACAGUGGAAGUGGUCCUACUCGCUUUCGGGUGAUGAUGAGUGAUGGACUGCACACUCUGUCCUCCUUCAUGCUCUCAACGCAGCUGAACUUCAUGGCUGAGGAGAACCUCCUGGCGCCCAACUGCAUCUGCAUUCUAAAGAAGCACGUGACCAAUAUACUGAAGGACAAACGACGGGUGGUGAUCAUUUUAGAAAUUGAAGUCAUCAAGCCUGCUAAAGAUGUUGCUGGAAGAAUAGGUGACCCUACUCCUUUUGCUGAGGGUCAGGUCAAAGGCCCGCAGUCGGCACCAAACCCUGAAACCCGGCAACCACUACAGCAGCAAUUAAAAAAUGAAGCAGGGAACAAAGGUUUCAAUAGGGAUAGGGACUUUGGGAAAAAGACCCCAUCUGCUACGCCCAGUACUCCAGGGGGCAGCUCUAAAGUUGUGCCCAUCAUCAGCCUCAACCCCUAUCAGUCCAAGUGGACCAUCCGCGCUCGUGUAACCAACAAGAGCAGCAUCCGUACAUGGAGCAACUCUCGUGGUGAUGGCAAACUCUUCUCCAUGGAGAUUGUGGAUGAGAGUGGCGAGAUCAGAGUGACUGGUUUUAACCAAGAGGUGGACAAGUUCUUCAGCCUGGUUGAGGUUGGCAAGGUCUACUACGUCUCCAAGGGCUCCCUGAAGAUCGCCAACAAGCAGUACACAUCGGUGAAGAACGACUAUGAGAUGACUCUCAGUGGAGAAUCCACGAUUAUCCCGUGUGAAGACAGCCGUGAUGUUCCGGUGAUGCAGUGUGACUUCGUCUCUAUUGGUGACCUGGAAAACCGAGAAAAAGAUGCCAUCGUUGAUGUGAUUGGAGUGUGUAAGAGUGUGGACGAAUUGACCCGCCUCACCACCAAGGCAAACAAGGAAGUGUCCAAGAGGACACUCAACUUGAUGGACAUGUCUGGGAAGUUGGUGACGGUCACGCUGUGGGGAGAGGAAGCAGAAAAGUUUGAUGGGUCCGGACAGCCCAUCAUAGCCAUAAAGGGGGCGAAGCUUUCGGACUAUGGUGGCCGGUCCCUCUCGGCGUCCUUCAGCAGCACCCUGAUGAUCAACCCAGACAUCCCUGAGGCUUAUAAGCUCAGAGGCUGGUUUGACAAGGAGGGCCACGCCCUGGAAGGACAGUCUUUGACGGAGGCGAAAGGCAGCGGGGGAGUCACCAACUGGAAGACUCUGUCGGAUGUUAAGAUGGAGCACCUGGGACAUGGAGACAAGGCGGACUACUACACCUGCAUAGCUACCAUAGUAUACCUGCGCAAGGAAAACUGCCUUUACCAGGCCUGUCCCAGCCAAGACUGCAACAAAAAAGUGGUGGACCAGCAAAAUGGCAUGUUCCGCUGCGAAAAGUGUGACAAAGAGUUCCCGAACUUCAAGUAUCGCCUCAUCCUUUCUGCCAACAUUGCAGAUUACGCGGACAACCAGUGGGUCACUUGCUUCCAGGAGAGUGCCGAGGCCAUCCUCGGCCAGAAUGCAGCUUACCUGGGGCAGCUCAAGGACUCGAACGAAGUCGCCUUUGACGAGGUCUUCCAACAAGCCAAUUUCAACACUUUUAUUUUCCGAAGCAGAGUGAAGCUAGAAACGUAUAACGAUGAAUCCAGGAUCAAGGCGACGGUGAUGGACGUGAAGCCCGUCGACCAUAAGGACUACAGCAAGAGGUUGAUCCAGAACAUCAGGAAACUGGCUGCUUAGAGGAACCUAUGAUCUAUGCAAAGUACUGUUAGUGCUUUUGUUUCUCUAGUCGACGCCGCUCUGUACGUGGGACAAAGUUUUGCUCACAAAGCAAUUGUUUAUUUUUUUUUUACUUCCCUGUGAAUAAAUUGUCGUGAUCGCACUUGUUCACCCUUUCUUUAUCAAAUGACGAUUGCUGGCCUGAUUCUUUGUUGUUGUCUGUGAACAUGACGGACAUGUUUUCCUUUUCCAGAGCAGAGAGUGACACAAUAAAAUGCUAACUGUC